GAGAAGUCGGCCGUUCCACUCUUCUCCGUCCCCGCGGCGCACUCCUCCAGGCUCCAGUCAUCCACUUUCCCCGCGCGCCCUCGCCAUGUCGGAGCACCUCGCGCUCCGGAGCUCCGUAGGAAGCCGCAGCUCCGCGCUGCCCUCCCACCACCAGCGCCUCCCGCCCGCGCACGACCCUCUCGCCUCCUUCUGGAUCCGCCGCCUCCAUCUCACCCCGAACACCCCGCCGCCGCCGCCGCCGCCGCGGCCUCCGCCCCUGCUCCUUCCACGCCGCGCGACGCCGCCUUCUCAUCAGGACGCCGUCUCCACCGACGAGUCCCGCACGCCGCCGCCCCCGCCCCCGCCGCGCAGCGCCGGGUUUGGCCCCUUGCGCUGGAGCCCGCGCCCGUUGCGUAGUGCCCCGCAGGCCGGCGCGUGGGACGCAGCCGCUGCAGUCGGGGGUUCUGCCGAUGGUACCGUCGGCGCCGGCGGACCACCGAUGCUGUCUCCGUUCUUCCGUCUCCCGGCGCCGCCGCCGGUGACGCCGGUCGCGGAUUUCGGGGAGGUCGCGCCUGCGAGGCCGCUGAUCGGGCUCGGAAGCCACAGAGGCAGCAGCGGGUUUCCUGGGCUGUCGCCGCCGAUGGCUGGCGGCGGCGACCCCUGCGCCACCUGGCUGGCGGCCAGAGCUGCAGGUGCUGCAUAUCCUAACCAUGCUUUGGACAUGGUUCCCAUAAGAACACUUAAUGAUCUGCAUGAUAGGCAGCAUGGUGUGAUUCCAGCACGACCAAAUCUUGCAAGGCAUGAUCCUAGCUCUAGCAGCCAGCAUGAUGAACCUUUCUCAUAUUGGAACAUGGGGAGGUUUCAGAGGAACACCACGUCAUCAUUGAUCACACCUAUCAGUGUUGCGCCUGCCAGUUUUGGCACCAAGAGGAAUGCUGAUUCAAACAAUUUUAUCCCUCUGAAGCUCAGGAAACUAAGUAGGGCUAGUUAGAGCUUGAUGAAAUAUCUGAACGAUGUUUAUUAAAUGCAUAAUUAAGCAUUGCAAAUAUGCUCUAUCUGGAACAGCAUAUAGUAAUCCUUCACCACGUAAGAGCAGAGUUGAGAAGGCUGGAGAUGGAUGCAUUUGGUGGCAAUCGUGAACAUUGUAAAUUUGCCCCCAAAGCCUUGCAUUUGGUGCCCUUCGAGCCACACUGGCUUGCAUGGUUGUACAAUUUAGUGUAACAUACAGGGAGAUAUUAUGUUCCACGUUUCCUCUAUGGCUUGUAUAUCUCAACAAACACAUAAUUUUCGUUCCAAGGCAUUGUAUGUAUUUUGUUUGGCCAA